UAACCUCAAUCUUUUUGAACACAUGUUUAAGUUGACGCAGAUUGAAAACUAAAAACAUGACUAGAUUUGCAAGGGCUAAAGGUUCCAAGGCUUCGAAUGAACGUGUGCCUGAAGAAGCCACCUCUUGGAGUGAAAUGAAAGAACAAUUAGAGCAGAAAAAUAAGGAAAUUGAGUUCAACAAAAAGUUAAAUGAAGUAAAGCAAAGAAGAGAUGCAACGUACAAAUCGUUUCUACAAGAAAAAGAAGCUGAAGAGUUGAAAAAAACUAAAUGGGCUGAAUUUCCAGGCGUAUCAAAGGCUCCAAAUAAGUCGAAGGUGAAUAAUAAAAAACUGAAAGAGAAAAUCAACUUGGGUAUUAAAAAUACUCCGGAAUUGAGCAAAAGAGAAUUUCCCAAGGAGGGAGAUUAUAAUACUGAUGAAAUUGAGACAGAUGAGAUUGGUAGUGAUAAUGAUGAAGAUGAUGAGGAAUUCAUUGGUUUAAAAGCACAGUUGGAUAAGAUUUUAGAUAGUUCAAAAAAUGGAGAAACACCAACAACUCAAGGUCAGAAUAUUAGAAAAAAUAUCAAAGCAACACAAAAAACAGAGACUCGAGAAGAAAAUGAUGAUGAUGAUGGCAGUGAUGCUCCACCAGAAGAAACCAGUUCGAAAGUACCAAUAAAGGAAGUACAAGUGAAAAAACCCAAACAGAAAAAGAAGCUCCUUAAAAUUACAAUUAACAAAGAUAGUGAGCAGAAAAAAAUAUUGGCUGAAGAUGACAAAAAUUUAGAAGUUGAGCAUGACAAAGAACUACCAGAAGGACAAUCUGAGGUAGUAGGUAAAAAUAUUGAAAAGAAAAACAAGAAACAAAAAAAGGGGAAGAAAGAAAAGGAGCAGUUGAAGUUACAGACUCAAGAAAAUGGGGAAAAAUCUACUGAAAAUAGUGAAAAUUCAACAGUUACUACAAAUAAAAAAAGAAAAGCGGAAAAUGAUCAAAAUAAUGAAGAAAAUAAUGCAGAAAUUGGUGUUAGCUCAAAGAAGAAACAGAAAGUAUUGAAAAAACCAGAAGAUCUGACUGAGGAGGACAAAGCCAAAAUUGCAAAGAAAAGAGCAAAGAAAUUAAAACAAAUGGAAAGGAGAAAACUAAAAAAGCUAGAGCUGAAAAAAGAAAAAGAGGCUCAAGAAAACAAUUCUGAAUCAUUAGAAAGUAAUCCAAUCAAUAAGACAAAUGGUACUACUACUGAAAAGAAGAAUAAUAAAAAUGCUACUACCAACAAGAAACCAUUUGAUAGGUUCAAUAAAAACACAAAAAAUCAGAAAUCUGGUAAAAUAAGGGACAAAGAAGAGCAUCCAAGGAAAAAGCCACUGCUCCCUACUAAAAUGAUGAUAAAUGGAAAGGAAGUAGAUGUAGACUAUGUUGAUGGCUUCCCUGUGAAAAAAGAAGAUGCCAUGAGACUUAAACAGUUAAGGGGGGAAAUGAUCAGCAAAGGUUUGCCCAGGAGUGAGAUAAAUGCUGCACUGAAACUAGAAAGGCGGAAAGCUGAAAAAGCUUUUGCCAGAGAAAAGAAGAAGGUGUGUUUCCAUUGUCGCAAAUCUGGCCAUAAUCUCUCUGAAUGCCCGGACUUGAAUAAAAAUCAAAUUGCUCAAACAUCAGGUUCUGGAAUCUGUUUCAAAUGCGGAUCAACGGAACACACUCACUUUGAAUGCAAAGUGGUCAGGGGUCAGGAUUUCAAGUUUGCGUCUUGUUUUAUUUGUAAUGAACAGGGCCACAUUGCCAGACAAUGUCCAGACAAUGCGAGGGGUUUGUAUCCUAAAGGUGGUGCGUGCAAAGUUUGCGGAGACGUUACUCACUUGAAAAAAGAUUGUCCAAAGUAUCAGGCACAACAGCAGAGGGAUGGUGACAAUAUUCAUUUGGAGACGUUUGGCGCUGGCAAUCCAGACGAUUUGACCAAUAGUAAUGGGUUUAAUGGCAGUUGGAGUAAUAAGCAUAAACCCAACAAGAUUAUUAAGUUUUAAAUUAUGAUAUGUAUAUAUUUAUACAAAAUAUAGUUUUAUGUUCUAAAUACGAUUUAUUGACCAGAGGAAUUGAAAUAAACAUAAAUCUAUAAGAAUUAGGAAAUAAAAUGUUGGUUUAUAAUAAAAGUUUGUAUUUCCUAUUAU